CCCUCGUUUUAUAUAAAAUACAAGGCAUGAAUUUGAUCUUGAUGUCUAACCCUUUUACUUUUAUUGGCUUUAAGAAUAGUGCACAAUUGCACAUUGUGUGGUGAAUUAAAUUGUAUAUGUAUACGUUUAUCUAUCAGUAAUAAUUUAACUUGCUGCAUUAACAUAAAAAUUUGGGCCUUCAUUUAUUUGUAGUGGGCCUAAAGGCAAAACGAAAUCAAUGGCCCAAAAGCGAUAACAUGUGGAUGUCAUAUCCUCCCUUAUCCAAACAAUCAAUCGAAUGCUAUAUACCUUCUUUCCAAACUUUGAUAAAUCUCUAAAACAAACAAGAUGUUGUCGAUGUCUAUUCAUCAAGGAAUCAAUAUCAUCGGCAUCACAUCACCAACUUCGUCUCCCCAAAAUACCGUUGCUCUUGGAUUCUUGAAAACCCCAGCCCUACCCUCCUCGUCUUUCUGCAACAACAACUCCAAACUCCUUCAUAGAUUCCAUAACCUCUCCAUUUCAGCAGCUGUCCAAGAAGCCAUUGCUGAAGAAACUCCAUUACCCACUCCUCCUGAUCAAAAAGACGAGGUGAAGAAAGUGGUGGAAAAGCCAAGGUUAGUGUUGAAGUUCAUAUGGAUGGAGAAGAACAUAGGGCUUGGGCUUGAUCAAGUGAUACCAGGACAUGGGAGUGUCCCUUUGAGUCCUUACUUCUUUUGGCCAAGGAAAGAUGCUUGGGAAGAACUCAAGACAACUUUGGAAAGCAAGCCAUGGAUCUCUCAAAAGAAGAUGAUCAUCCUCCUCAAUCAAGCUACUGAUAUCAUCAAUCUUUGGCAACAAAGUGGAGGAAAUUUGACUUCCUAAACAUUUUCUAAUUCCCAACCCAUUAUUAAGUUGUAAUUGUUUGUUUCUUUUGUUAAGAGAAUUUUUCAUUGAAAAAGUGAGUUAAAACCUCAAGUUCCUAUUUACCAUAUGGAGGUUUUGACCAAGAAAUUAUAUAUUUUUAACGAUUGCCGAAAGUCAACCUCCAAAAUCAC